AUGGCUACAGAGAGCGCCAUCCCCUCGACGGCCCUACCCGGCCACAUUCUCGGCCCGGUGUCCCGCUACGCCCCCGGACCGGGCACCCAUAUCCACGGCUCCAACGUGGUGGCCUCCCUGAUGGGCCAGGUGUCGGUGACGGCGGCGCCCAGGCAGCCCGGGCCGGCCAAGCGCCUCAACAAGAUCACGCCGAUCUCGGCGCCUACCGGACUGGCCACCGUCUCCGUGGCGCGGCACGGGCGUAGACGCGAGGUCCUCCCGGACGUGGGCAACGUCGUGCUGGCCCGCGUGCUGCGCCUCAUGCCCAAGCAAGCCAUCGUCGUCAUCCAGCAGGUGGGCGACACGGUGCUCCAGACCGAGUGGCAGGGUGUCAUCCGUGUGCAGGAUGUCAGGGCCACGGAGAAGGACAAGGUCAAGAUUCACGAAUCCUUCAAGCCUGGAGACAUUGUCCGUGCCAACGUGGUAUCCCUCGGUGAUCAAGCCAACUACUACCUCUCCACGGCUUCGAAUGAACUUGGCGUCAUCAUGGCCACCAGCGAGGCUGGUAACGAUAUGGUGCCCAUCAGCUGGAAGGAAUACAAGGACCCCGAGACGGGAGCCACGGAGCUGCGAAAGGUUGCUAAGCCGAGCUGA